GAGAGCAGCACUAUGACAGGCAAGGGAAAGACACCUGCCAAAUGCAGCUCCUCCGGCCGAAAACAAACAGAGCAGAAGAGCGCUAAACGCACUGAUUCUCAUACUCCAACUCAAACAAAGUCUACGACGUGGACACCGGCAACGGCUCAAGGCAAAACGUGUGGCAGAGGAGGACGCGCAAAGAGCCCUGUACAAAAGGUGACCUCAAAUCCACCUGCGGGCAGUGGUAAAGGGGCACGCAGCAAGGGUCAGUCACCAAUUCGACCCGCUGGCGGUGCUGAAAGGCCACGCGCCAAGUCACCUCCUCCGCCGUCAAAGCCACACAUCCAAAGAGGCAGCAGCAAAGACGAUGACUUAAGCAGAGGUCUUCAGAAGACGUUGGGCCAACUGACGAUCCGCAGAGAUGCAAGGAGCAAAGCCGCGAAAAUAAAAAACGAAGUCGUUGAGAAGAUCAAAACUCAUCUGGAGAGGUCGAGGAAUUUUAAGGAUAUUGAGACUUUACCAACCGGUAGCUACUUCGAAAACCUCAAGAUUAGUAAUCCCGACGAAUUCGAUGUGAUGUUCACAACCUGUGUGGAAAGAGUAGAUGUUCAGCCUUUUGGCUCAGAUGGAGCCUAUUACAGCGUGAAGUUUAAACGUCAUCCACAGAAGCAUGUCCUGGACGACUUCCUCACCAAAGAUGAUGUUCUGUGUGCCAGUAGCAUGAUGAAGCAGUUUCGAAGUGAAGUAAAAACAGCUAUUAAGGAUAUUCAAAUUGAAGGCAACUUGAAGAUGGAGCCCAGGAAGCCUAAAUGUCCAGCUGUGACACUGACACUAACUGUGGACAAAAAAGAGAUUUCAAUUGAUAUCGUCCUCGGUAUCGAGGUCAAAGGCACAUGGCCACUCUGUGCGAAAGAUGGCAUGAAUAUUGAAAAAUGGCUGAGCAAGAAGGUGAAACGAGAGCUUAAGUACAAGCCUUACUAUUUGGUUCCCAAGCACGAAGGGUCUGCAAAUAAGGAGGAAGAUGGAGUUCUUGCAAAAGAUGUCUGGAGGAUAUCCUUCUCUCAUGUGGAGAAGUACAUCAUGAAAAACCAUGGCAAAGAGAAGACCUGCUGCGAGGAAAAGGGACCAAAAUGCUGCCGAAAGCAGUGUCUGAAACUCCUGAAGCACCUUCUGUCUGAACUCAAGGCCAAACAUGAGACUGAGCUGUCAAAGUUCUGCUCCUACCACGCCAAGACUACCCUUCUACACGCCUGCACAGAACGAACUGAGGACAGCGAGUGGAAGCUUUCUGAUCUUCACGACUGCUUCCAGCUUCUGCUGCAGGAUUUUGUGGCGUGUUUGAGGCAGAGACAGCUCCCAAACUUCUUUAUCCCCACGCAUAACCUCCUUGGCUCAGUCAGUGCUGAAAGCUGCAAGAAACUCGCAGACUACAUCGAACACCAGCGCAACAAUAGGUUCCCAAUUUUUCAAAAAUGAUGCAAAGGACUAGCCAAUACAACUUUUCGAUUUGCACUGUUAUGUAUA